AUGGAUGCGCAUCAGCAUCACCUUCACCAGCUUCAAUACCUCAACAAGCAUCAGCAUCAGCACCAUCUUCAUCCCCAAUCUCAGACGCCGGAGAUAGCUUCUCCGUCGUCCACGGCUGCUGCGGUGGUGGCCGGGGAUAGGUUUCCACAGUGGAGCAUAGAAGAGACGAAGGAGUUGAUAGCGAUAAGGGGAGAGCUGGAUCAGACUUUCAUGGAGACAAAACGGAACAAGCUUCUCUGGGAAGUUAUCUCUAGCAAGAUGAGAGACAAAAGCUUUCUUCGUAGCCCUGAACAGUGCAAGUGCAAGUGGAAGAACCUCGUCACUCGUUUUAAGGGGUGUGAGACAAUGGAGGCAGAGACAGCUAGGCAACAAUUCCCUUUUUAUGACGAUAUGCAAAUCAUCUUUACCAAUAGAAUGCAGAGAAUGCUAUGGGCCGAAUCCGAGGGAGGAGGAGUAGGAGGAGGAACAAGCGGAGCAACGAGAAAGAGAGGUCACUCGGAGCAGUUUUCAUCAGAUGAGGAAGAAGAGAAUGUGAAUGAAGAGCUAGUAGAUAUCAGCACUGACCAGAAAACCGUGAACCCGAAGAAGAACAUUGCAAAGAAGCGAAAAGGCGGUAGUAAUAGUAGUAGUGGGAACACUAGUGUAAGAGAGGUGUUGGAUGAGUUUAUGAGACAUCAGACUAGAAUGGAGAACGAAUGGAGUGAAAGAUGGGAGGCGAGGGAGAAGGAGAGAGCAGAGAAAGAAGAAGAGUGGAGGAGGAAGAUGGAGGAGCUCGAGAAGGAGAGGGUGGCAAUGGAGCGGAUGUGGCGGGAUAGGGAGGAGCAACGGCGGUCCAGGGAGGAGAUGAGGGCGGAGAAGAGAGAUUCACUAAUCAAUGCAUUGCUUGCUAAGCUUACAAGAGAUGGUUCUCUCUAA